CCGACGUGGCCAUUUCCAUCUUGGAAGUAAACUCGUAGUUCUGAAAAUUUGUACAUGUGUUGACAAAAAAGACGAAAAUAACUACUUUUUCCACAUUGUAACCGAAGACAGCAAUCAUGGUGCUUUUAGCAGCCGCAGUAUGUAACAAGGCUGGAAAAGCUAUUAUAUCCAGACAGUUUGUUGAGAUGACCAGAUCCAGAAUUGAGGGUCUCCUGGCAGCAUUUCCUAAAUUGAUGAACUCUGGAAAACAACAUACAUUCGUAGAAACUGAAAGUGUUCGUUAUGUCUAUCAACCAAUGGAGAAACUAUACAUGUUAUUAAUCACUACCAAAGCCAGUAAUAUUCUUGAAGAUUUAGAAACUCUAAGAUUAUUCGCUAGAGUGAUUCCGGAAUAUUGUAGAAAUAUGGAGGAAACAGAUAUCAUAGAUCAGUCAUUUCAAUUAAUAUUCGCAUUUGAUGAAAUUGUUGCCCUUGGUUACAGAGAAAAUGUUAACCUUGCACAAAUCCGAACUUUCACAGAGAUGGACUCUCAUGAAGAAAAAGUAUUUCAAGCUGUCAGACAGACACAAGAGAAAGAAGCGAAAGAUCAAAUGCGAAGAAGAGCUAAAGAGAUACAACAGAAACAGCGUGAAAUGGCUAAAGGUGGUCGUGGUAGCUCUAUGAAUAGUUUUGGUAGUAGUUCUUACAGUAGAAAUGAUACCAGUUCAGUUAUAGAUUCUUCUAUUAUAGAACCAACUAGUAAACCAUCUUAUACUGCUCCUAGUAAACCAUCAGGUCCUUCUAAAGCUCUCAAAUUAAGCACCAAAAAGAAAGAUGUUGAUAGUUUUGUUGGUAUGUUAGAAUCAGAAGGAGAAAGAGUAGUAAGUGUAAAUAAAACAGUAAAUAAUGCAGUCACUAAAGCCAGUACACCAGCAAUUGAUCAAGAAGGUGUACAUAUAACAGUAGAAGAAAAGAUCAGUGUAACAGCAGGACGAGAUGGCGGCUUACAAAAUCUAGAAGUUCACGGUAUCGUACAACUCAAAAUUAACGAUGAUAAAUUUGGCCGAAUUAAAUUAGCUGUCCAAAAUAACGAUGGUAGAAAUGUACAGAUUCAAACACAUCCCAACGUGGACAAACGCCUCUUCACCUCCUCAUCAAUUGUGGGGUUAAAAAAUCCAGACAAACCUUUCCCAUUAAAUCAAGAUAUUGGAGUAUUAAAAUGGAGGUUUCAAUCACAGGAGGAAUCUGCUAUGCCUUUAUCCAUAAAUUGUUGGCCGUCAGAAAAUGGAGAUAAAUGUGAUGUGAAUAUAGAAUAUGAAUUAGAACAAGAUGAAAUAGAAUUAGAAGAUGUUUUAAUAUCCAUACCUUGUCCAACUGGAGUUGGAGCACCUGUUGUUGGUGAUUGUGACGGGGAUUAUUCCUAUGAUUCACGUAAAGCCACGUUACAAUGGAGUCUACCAGUUAUAGACAGUAGUAAUAAAUCAGGCAGUCUAGAAUUCACCAUCGCUGGGCAUCCAGAUGAUUUUUUCCCUGUUAAGUCUCCUUUGUUUCUAAAAAGUCUUAUUUUAAAAGAUGUAGUUACAGUUGAUGGUCAAGAACCAGUAAAAUAUUCUAAAGAAGUCCUACUGUAUGUUGAUAAAUACGAAAUCGUGUAAUAGAAAAUUAUAGUAUAAAAAUAAAUACUUUUUACAUGAAAUGAUCCAUUUGUGAAUAAUUCAUUUAUGAAUUUACGGAUAUCAAUAUUUGUGCAAAUGCGGACGAAUAAUAGAGGAAUUUUCUGUGGACGGAAUGGAUUGGACCAAGUUAUAAUUUAUUGGAAUAUUGCCUAAAAUUUCUUGAGAAGUUCCCUGCGACUGGAGUAUCUCUAUAUCUGAAUAUGAUGUUGUUCUUUUAAAGAAUAUUAUUAUUACUCUUAAACAUAUUCUAGAUUCGAAUAACUGUUUUCUGAUUGGAUAUUGCAAUAAGAUAGCCAAUCAGAAAGCUCUUUAGAAAUUCUUAUUCUGGUAGAAAAUGAUUUAAUAUCUCAACACACAAAAAUUAUGUAGACCCAGAUUCUAAAUAAUAAGGUAAUUAUUGAGGAGAGAUCAAUGCCAAGAGGUUUAUCCUAGGAUCAGCUGGCACUAGAAAAAGAAAAUUUGUUAAAGAUGUAAAAUUAAUUUAUUUUAGCUGUUAAUUAGUGCUGGGGUAACUCUAAAUACCACAUUUCACCCUGUUUAGUCAGAAUUGAUAAGAUUGCAGUGAGUUCAUGAUCGCUAUUGAAUAAAUGUUAACUUUUUUACCACUCUGUUACAUAUUUGCAAAAUAUGAAAUAUCAAAAUUUGCAUAUUAAUGCUUUCAUUUUGACUCUCGAAAUCUCCUUUGAUUAAUGGCUUAAAACAUUAAGCAUAUUCAAAUAAUGUCAAAUAGUGUCACGAAACAACAGAAAAAAGAAUAGGAAGUUUUUGAAGUGUUUUAAGAUAUUAAAAGGGAAAAACGUAAAAAAUUUUGAUGUUGAGUCAAUUCGAUUGAACAUAUCUUCGUUAUGGUUUUUAGAAAGGAGUCAUUUUCUGAAGAAAUUGAAAAUGUACAAAAUUUGCUCGAAGCAUUGUGAACUCACUACUAUCAUGUACAUAUGUAAGAAUUGUGUACAUUCUAUCCAGUAUGUACUAUGAAACAUUAUUUAAAAUAUAUCGUAUGUUUUCGUUAAUUGUACAUAGUCUAAUAUUUUUCAAAUUUCCAAAAUCUUGUGUGGGGAUACAACAUGUUAUAUAUUCUUAGUUUAAUCACUGUGUAUGAAAAAUACAUGUAAAUAAAUAAGAUGAUAUC